GGGUCCCCCCCCGCUAUGAAAUCCCUCCGUUACGAGCCAUCGCCACUACCGGGGCGCCCCGUCCCCUUUGGGGUCCCCCCACCCCCGGCUGCCGCACCCCCACCCCCGGCCCCUCCCCCGCCCGUCACCUCCCGGCCCGGCUUCCGCCCGCGCCUUCAGCCGCUUACAGUGCGUCACUUCCGCCGCCCGCGCAAGAUGGCGGCGCCCUUGGGGCGAGCGCUGGCGGCGGCGGCGCCGGGCCGGGCCCGGGCCUCGCUGGCGAUCGCGGCCCCGGCGCGGCCUUACCGGGCGGCCCCACUGCGGCGCCGCAGGGGCCCGGCCCCGGCCCCGUCGGACCCCGCGGACCUGCGGGCGGCGGCGCGGCGCUUCGGGCGGCUGGGGGAGGCGGCGGGGGUGCCGGCCUGGCGGCUCUGGCCGGACCCCGAGCGGCUGCGGGCGGCGGAGGCGGAGGAGCGCGAGUGGGAGCCGCCGCUGCGGGAGAUGGAGGCGGCGCUGGACCGGCGGGAGCGGGAGGAGGCGCGGCGGCGUGAGGAGAGGCAGCAGCUGGUGGCCCGCAGCCUGGCGGCGAUGCCGGCGCGGGUGAGCGCCUGGCGGCAGGAGCGGGCACAGGCGCGGGAGCGGGCACAGCAGGAGGCGGAGCGGCGGCAGCGGCUGCUGGCCGAGGCGGGGCUGGGGGGGGCCCCCCGGCCCGGGACCCCCGCCCGUGGCAGCCCCCAGGCCCAAGCGCUGCUGCAGGACCUGGAGCGGCAGCAGCGGCGGGAGGAGAAGCGCCGGCGGCGGCAGGAGCGGGAGGAGGCUGCCCGUAGUGCCAUGGCCGCCGCGGAGGCUGCCGCCGCCUCCCGCCCCCCUCCGGGAGCCACUCCCCAGAGUGCAGGGACUGUCUCCUCCUGAGCCCGCCCCCCCCCCAAAUCACACCCACAUGGCCCCAAAAUGGGUUU